GAGCUCUACUGUCAUAAAAUAACGUUUCCCGCUUUUGUUGUUCGCUAAGAUUGACGAAAUUGCUAUCGGAUUGCAAACUUCCCUUGUUCGCUUGUUUGUUAUAAUUUUCAAGUUACAGGAGUUAAAACAGCAUAAUUGACGUGAAAGUGAACAUUUCGUAUACAGCUCCCCGUAGGUAUACAAUGAUGUACGAUAACUGUCCCAGUUCUUAGACUCGAGGGAGGCCAAGAGUGUGAACGUGUGGACAUUAACCGAUGCUUUAUACCACCAACAGUUUUUAUUUAUAUUUGAAAAAAAAGAAACAUAUAGUCUGAAGAUGAAGAUUGAAAAUCAGAUGGAAACCAAAGAUCCUGUUUCAUCAGAGAUCCUUAAUGGAAAAGAAGCUUCAACUUCUAGUGGCCCUGCUGGGAACCUCCAGGUAGAGGAAAAGCGCAGGAGAGCCUGGGAACAAUGGUCUGCAGAUGAUAUUGCUGCUUUCUUUGAAGGCCUAAAUGAGUUUGGCAAAGAUUUUGAUGCUAUACAAAAUUGCCUGUAUACUAAGAAUAGAAAGAAGAGUCUGGUGAACUCUACCAACAUUAAGAAUAAAGAUCAGGUGCGCCAUUUCUACUACAGAACUUGGCACAAGAUUUCAAAGUAUCUUCUACCAACCCCUGAUGAAGGGAAGCGAAUGCAUAAGGAACUUUAUGGAUUGAUCAAUUAUGGAGAAAUGUGGAAAAAGCUUGGAGGUUAUUUUAAUGACAGAUGUGGAGAGAAACUCAAUGAGCUGGUUCAACAUGGUGUUACAUCAGUCAAAAUUAAAGGCAAAAGUUACAGAAUCAAAACUCCUGUCUGCCCUGCUUUGAAACGUCUUCAAUCCACUGGAACAGAAUCUCAGAAAUUGCCAUCCACACCAGAGAGGAUUGUGAUGGAGCUCACACCCUGCUGCAAUGCAGACUUUCUUCGUGUUCAGUCUGUCGCGCAUAAUCCGCGUAUUCGUAUUAGCACUGAUAGUUCUUCACCUUUAUCGAAUAUUAUAAGUUUUCUGACGAAAAAGUGGAAGCCUCGCUCUAUUCUCGAAGCCGAGUCUGUGGCUGAGGAUGAACUAAUUAUGCGGGUAACACCAGAGAUGAAACAAAUUGCACCAAUUGGCAGUACAAAAAAAGGGCGCAAAAGAACCUACAGUGGCCAAGAACAAAUGGAUGAAACAGAAGUAAAACUUGAAGUCAAAAGUUGGAUUCUUGAAACUUCUGAUCAAGUGACGGUGGGAGAGGUUUACACUAUUUGUGGUGGUUCCAACGGCCGUCUGCAACUCAAUUAUGCUUGGGAACGACGUAGUAAACCUGAACAUGACGCAGAUCGUUCAACCCGAGACGUCGUAUCAUUGCUUGGCGCAUUGGUUAAUAUUGCAAAAAGCUCUUUAAUGAAGAGCCAACCAAGUGGGGAAAUAUUUCCUGUCAAGAAGGCCGCCCGUCGCCAGGUCAUCGCGUCUCUACCGUCCGACGGUUCUUCGUCUGAAUUAGCAGGGGGAGGAGCUAACGCCUCGAGGUCACCACAGAGUGAGGCCAGUCCUACCCAAAAUCUUCCGAUGGAGUCACCAAUUCAGUUUUCCCGUAUGAGACAACGGCUACGUCGUCCUCUUCGUUAUGGUACUUCGUUGAAGCGUGGUUCACUUGCUGCAACACUGAAUAAAAUGCCCGGCCCAUUACCAAUUCAAGCGCGACCUCAUCCGUCCUCGCUAAUGGCGCAAUCCACUACAGUUAAUAUCACCUGGCCACCUGAAGAGAACGGUAACGGAACGGGCUCUUUUGUCUUACAAGUCCAGCUUGAUGGUCAACAGCAACAAACCUCUCCUCAAAAGGACAUACCGACAGCAUCGGUUACUAGUCCGCUCUAUUUACCUCCGAAAAAAGGACCUGAUAUUCAAAAUGGAACUGAACUGGACCAUGACUUUUUCCGCCCUCCUUCGAUUUUAUUACACACCCCCGUGAAAGCUGGAGGAUCCACCGCUGGCUGGGCCACUGCUUCCACUGCAUCGUCGUUGCCUUCUACACCUAAUCGUCUACAAGAAUGGAUGUCGAUCUUAAUGCCGAACACACCGGAGAAGCAUGGAGCGGAAUCCUCGUCCGUCAGGAGUAUACCAUUUUCAAUACCCGACAGUUUGAGUAGCUUUUUUGGAGAAAAUGGAACUUUUCCUUCUCUAGCUUCCAGUUUGCACAGUGGAGAAGGUUCAACAUGGCAAAACAGAGAUGGUGAUGAAAUAUCGCUUAGCAGCCUGUUGAACCAGUUGGUUUCACCAGCCAAAAGUACAGCAAGUAGUCGUUACACGGAUUUGAAACUUCCGUUCGACUUGCAGUCAUUGGUGGCCGAUAACAGCGUUGACCUGACAGCCAAGUUUGCUGAGUUAGCAGCUUCGAUAGCUGCUGCUGAUGCCAACACAUCCAAAAGUCGGCCUUAGAUUUCAACACAAUAGAUCCUUGUUUUUCUUUUCUUUUUUAAAUACUUAAAUUUGAAUCAUUAAGAAAACUUUAAUGACGGCUCCCAUAUGUAAUUAAUCUUGACAGAUUGCUUGAAAAACUAGUUUUUGUCCGUUGAAAACUAUCAAUUCAAGAUUCUUACGCACAAGACAAAUUUAGCGGUGUCCAGUUCCUUUACUCGUUUGACUGUUAUAUAGAUACUCCGGUACAAAAAUCCUUUCCUUCUCAUCUACCGCUUUUAUUACGUAAUCAAUUAUAUCGCAUUUCUUUUCUAAUCAAAGAAAAAUAUCUAAUCUUCUUUAUGUUACAUCCUACACGUUCUAGAAAAGCUUUUUACAGUGGAUAAUAUGUCGUCCCUGUCUCAUGACCUAAGCCCUUUCAUCUCUGGCAAUGUAGGAACAUGUAAUAUAUAUUGAUGCAACAGUCA